AUGAGACCUAUCUCAACAAUAAGACUCGGUCUCGUCGCCGGCCUCUUGACAACUGCUGCUGAGGCUGGUCCUCUCAGGAGUCGUGAAGUACGGAGGCAGGCGGCGUGGAAGAGGCACGAUGGGGAGGACCACUCUACGGCGCCAGCAGGGACAGGAGGAGUAGGCGGUGAUGGAUCAACAACGAUUGUGGUGUCUUACACGGUACCAGGGUUUAACACGGCGCCGAUGCCAGGGUUUAUUGGAAUCACGACGGAGUUCCCGAGUGACUUUGGAAAGUCUUCGACAUCGACGGGGGCGGCUGCGGCUAGCAGUGAUCCUGCUCUGAUGCCCGGGGGAGCGUUCGUGACAGUGUCUGGAUCCGCUAGCUCAUCGUCAGCGGCAGCAACAUCAUCCGCCCCGGCUAUCACCAGCAACAUCCUCAACAACCUCCCAACCGCCGUCACCGGCGCCCUCCCCUCCGCCACCACCACCGUCUCCCCCGAGAUCUACGCCAAGAACCUCGCCGACGCUCGCCGCUACAACGAGCAGUUCUCCGGCCUCACCAAGGACACCACCUGCAUCUCUGGUCAGGCUGCGUGCGUGGAGGGUGGUCGUGCCUACUGCAACGCCCAGGGCAAGUUCAACGUUGCAAAGUGCGCCGACAGUGGCAAGAAGUGCUUCGUCAUGCCCAUGACUACCGUCCAGGGUGUGGUGAUUGAUUGCUACGAGCCGGAUGAGGCGGCCAAGGUUUUGGCGCCUCUUGCUGCUCCUAUUGGUGGUGAAAAUGGAGGUGGAGGAAGCGAGACUGAGGUUACGUCAACUAUCCUGGUUACGAAGAGUGCUGGUACGGUUACUAUGACGGUGCCUGCCUCCUCCGGAGCGAUUAGUAGCAGCAGUGCUGGUGCUGGUGCUGGUUCAGAGGUGAUCGUUACGAGCACGGUCCAAGUUACGGAGUCUGCCGGCACGGUAACCAUGACGGUACCAGCCUCCUCCGGAGCGGUCGGCAGCAGCAGUUCACUGUCGGAGGUGACCAUCACGUCUACCGCCCAGGUUACUCAGAGCGCGGGCCCGGUGACGGUCACUGUUACCGUUGUUGCUCCUCCUCCCGCAUCGUCGAGUGCGGUUGCUGUUGAACCUAUCACCACUUCUGCUACGUCCUCGUCGGUCAUUGUCUCCCUACCACCCACAACGAGUUCAACCACUGCGUCCUCGUCAAGCGUCAUCGCGGUUCAACCUCCCGUCUCUUUGUCCGCUCCGGUCUCCUCGUCUUUGGCAUCGGCAAGCCUACCUCCCGCAACCACUACUGACAGCAGGACAUUCAUCACGGUGACUGCUGUUGUUACGGAUGGCGGGAGCACUUAUCCGAUUACCUUCACCAUGGAUCCCAGCUCGGCUCAUCCUACGGUUGUAUCGUCUGUGUCUGUGUCUUCUUCAGCAUCAUCUACUUCUCUUGCGUUAUCUUCCGCCAGCAGCAUCGAGCUUGUCUCAAGCAGCAUUCCUUCGUCGACCAGCAUUGUUGCGGACAUCACUAGCAGCAUCUCAGUCUCAGUCCCAUCGUCGGCCCCUGCUUCAGUUACCACCAGCAGCGCACUCAUCACCACGAGCAGCGCCCCCGCUAUCACUUCCAGCAUCAGCGAGCCAAUCACCACCAGCGCCCCGGUUGCUUCCAGCACCACAAGCGACGACGACCCCCUCGAAAUCAUCCCCGUUACCGACGGCCUGACAGACCUGGUCUCUUAUGGCAAUCCUGUUGAGCCUACAGAAGUUCCCACUGUCAACGUCAAGAAUAUCAAACUCGCUGCCGGUCCUGCCGCCGCCGAGAUCACUUCCGCUCCUUCUGCUUCUGCUGCCACCGCCGCUGCUGCUGCAGAUGACAGCGAAGAAGCGAAAUACUGGGCUACAGUCGACCGCAUCUUCAAGCCUGCCAAGUACGCUAACCACGACACAUUGAACGGGAAUAACGUCAAGUUGGCGGCAGCAGCAGCUGCUGCCCCUUCCGAAUCAGCAGUGACCGUUUCCGUCUCUGUCACCGUCACCGAGACGCAGACAGCCACGGCCACAGCCACAGAGUCCAAAUUUCAGACAGUCACUGCUACCAUUAUGGGCGAGCCUGUCAAGGAGACUACUACGGUCACGGCGACAGAAACAAAGAAAGAGACGGUUACCGAGACCAAGAAGGAAACGGUCAGAGUGACGGAUACGUUGAUUCACAAUGAGACUGCUACUGUCACAGAGACGCAGACGCAGACGGUCAAGGAGACGGUGACGGUGGAUGGACGACCGGCGAUCGCUACCGCUGCGUGA